CCCAAAAAGUCCCAACACUCUUCUUCCUCCCCUCCGUCUCGUCGCUCGCGGGCCAAAAAAAUUCAGAAGCAGCAGCGAGCUCGGCCGCGAUUGAGCUACACGCGCAGCUGGGGGGUUAGCCUUUAGAUGGGUUUAGCUCCCUAUGCAUCACUUACCGCGUUUCCUCUCUGGCGGCAGCAGCAGAAAAGGAGCUAAAGCGAAAGCAAAAACCAUGGAUCGGAGCAAGGUCCCGCGGCGGCCCAAAUUGGAGCGCCGCAAUGCGCUCAAGCACAUUGACUACGACGCCGCCCACUCGCCGCUCCACACGCGCUCGCUCGACUUGUCCGACCGGACCAGCUUCCGGAUCGAAGGAAAUGACGGCGAGUUCGAGCAGUUCUGCGCCGAGAUGGGCUUCUCCGGCCCGGAAGACUUCGAGAUACCCGCGGCCGUCUGGGAGGCGCGGAGGAUCCGGUCCACAAACUCCGAUGUUCUCCCCAUGACGAAAUUGUACCGGAUGGAUAGUCCGGAUAGUCCGCGACCCGACCCGGACGACGAUUUGGAUCUUUACGAUUCGGAGCUUCUUGACGACGAUAAGGUGGCGGAGUUGUGCGAUAGAGUUAGGGAUAGCGUUACUGUUGCGGCGGCCGAGUCGACCCAGUCCGAGUUGGCCGGGCCGAGCGGGUGUUGUACUGCGAGUAGUAGUAGUAGUAGUAGUAGUGUUAGCGUCGGAAUUAAAGGAGUGCGGCCGCCGGGGCUGAAGCCGCCGCCGUCGUUGGCGAGGGCUCCGGUGGUCGACACUGGAUGCUCGACUUGGGACCUGUUAAGGGACUUUGCGCCGGUGGAGGAGAGAGAGUCGCUGAGAAAGUUUGGUCCUCCAUCUUCUUCGUCUUCUGAUGAAGAAGAAGAAGUAGAAGAAGAGGAGGAGGAGAUUGUGAUUACAGAGACGGUGGCGAACUCCCGCGGGUGUUCAUUUACAACUUCCAACGACGAUGACUGUUCCAGCAGCACCACAGAGCCUUCUUACAUUUCUCCAAAUGGGAGGAUUUCGCCGAGUGGGAGGCCUAAGCUUGUUAUCACUUCUUGGGAGAAGGGUGAUCUUCUCGGCAGCGGCUCUUUCGGCUCUGUUUAUGAAGGAAUCUCUGAUUGUGGAUACUUCAUUGCUGUCAAGGAAGUUUCGUUGCUUGAUCAAGGAAGCCUGGGGAGGCAAAGAGUUUCUCAACUUGAACAGGAGAUUGCUCUUCUGAGUCAGUUUGAACAUGAGAACAUAGUUCAGUACUAUGGCACACAAAAGGAUGAAUCAAAGCUUUAUAUCUUUCUGGAACUUGUUACCAAAGGAUCCCUUCAAAAUCUGUACCAGACGUACCAUCUUACAGAUUCGCAUGUCUCUGUAUACACUAGACAGAUUUUGCAAGGUCUGAAGUAUCUUCAUGACCGAAAUGUGAUUCACAGGGACAUUAAAUGCGCAAAUCUUUUGGUGCAUGCUAAUGGAUCGGUGAAGCUUGCAGACUUUGGCCUGGCAAAGACUACCAGAAUGAAUGACAUAAAAUCUUGCAAGGGAACCGCAUACUGGAUGGCCCCUGAGGUUGUUAAUAAUAAGAGUCAAGGUUAUGGCCUUCCAGCUGAUAUAUGGAGUCUUGGAUGUACUGUGUUGGAGAUGCUCACGGGGCUGGUUCCGUACUCGAAUCUCGAAUGGAUGCAGGCAUUAUGGAAAAUUGGAAAGGGGGAGCCCCCUCUGGUUCCUGAUUCUCUUUCAAGAGAGGCUCAAGAUUUCAUCGGUCAAUGCCUACAAGUCAAGCCGGAUAAUCGUCCCACUGCUGCUCAUCUUUUAGGACAUCCAUUUGUAAAUAAACCCCUUGUUUGAGUCCAUAGUAACAUUUUUCCAGAUAAUAUCAAGAAAAUUGUUAUGUUGAUAGCGAA